AGCACUGCCAGCAUUCAGCUGCGAUUCAGCGAGAGUGAAAAUGUCACUGCAAAAGCUCUUUAGUUGUCAUCUCAUAUUAAUACCGGCUGCAAUUCUUGUAGCAGAAAGCGCUAAUGUAUAUUACCGAUACCGUAUGUCAAGAUGCAUCUACAGCUCUUCUAAUAUCAGUGACAUGGUGUAUUUUGACAACUAUUAUUUCAAUAAAUAUCUAUUCAUACAGUUUGACAGCACUCUGGGGAGGUUUGUUGGGUUUAAUGAGUAUGGUAGGAACCUCGCGGAGUCCUGGAACAAUGGCACCAUUGUGCAUGAAGAAAGAGCUGUUGUGGACUGGUUCUGCAAAGGCAAUGCUGAAUUCUUUGACGACAGCAUCAGUGAUAAAUCAGUGAAACCAAAGAUUAAGCUCAGUUCAGCGACGCGGGCUGGCGGCAGACAUCCAGCUGUGUUGAUGUGCAGCGCAUAUGAAUUUUAUCCUCCACACAUAAAAGUGUCCUGGCUGAGAGAUGGUAAACUGAUGACUUCUGAAGUGACCUCCACUAUGGAGAUGGCUGAUGGAGACUGGUACUACCAGAUUCACUCUGAGCUGGAGUACAGCCCCAAAUCUGGAGAGAAGAUCUCCUGUAUGGUUGAGCAUGCCAGCUUCAAUAAACCCAUGUUUUAUGACUGGGAUCCGUCUCUCCCGGAGUCUGAGAGGAAUAAAAUUGCUAUCGGGGCGUCUGGUCUGGUGCUGGGAAUCAUCACUGCAGCUGUCGGACUCAUUUACUACAAGAAGAAAUCAACAGGGAGGAUCCUAGUACCUCAUUAAUGAUGGUAGAGUUCUCCUUAAACUUUAACGCACUUGCCAAACCCUUGAUAUACAUAUUUCAGGUCUUCAUUUUGACUGCAAAUGGGACUAAUAAUGAAGAAUUGAUCUUAAUGACAUCCUUCAUGGCUCCUCCUAUCAUACACAAUCUUUUAGAUAUCGCUUCAUUUCUAAAAUAUAAAACAAUAAAUAUAAAGGAAGAACUAUAACAUAAAUCUGUACUUUCAGGGGUGUGUUUCCCAAAACAACUAUGGUCGCAAUUUCGUCGUUCCCAAUAGAGUUCAGAAAAGAUGUUAUGAGUAGUUGAACAUAAGGUAUAUUUAUCCUCAUCAAGAUGACAGUAACUUUUUCACAUGAUUAAAAACCUUCCGUUCACCCCAGGUGCUUUUGUAUGAGGAAGGAAGUAUCACAAACUUAAAUACCUGUUGCACAAUAGCGUAGCAAUCAACCCUGGGCAUUUUUUUUUUUUUUAAAUGGGUCCAAAACAACAAGUGCUGCAAAGAGCCAUUUACAGACCUUCACUGUAGCAUAUAUCAGGAAAGUACCAAACAAUUUGCUUAGCAAAGGACACUUAUAACUAAUUAUUUGCAUCUGAUAAAUAGGCUACAUAAUCUCUGUAAAGUAACAAGCCAUCCAGAUCAAACACAAGAGUAUCAGUAAUAGUCAAAAAUUGUCUAUUGAGCAAGUUACCUAAUAAAUUUCAUGAAACAAUUAGCGUUGCGCAAGCCACUGCACAAUGUAAAUCAUAGUCAAUAAAUAUAUUAAUCACUGACUUUUAAGGAGACAUUAUGAGGCUGCUUAGGCAACUGAGUGACCUUUGAGCCAUACAGGCAAUGAAGUAAGUAAUGUGAUCGCUUUAGGAUGCGGGUUCCUAUCUGCCUGGGCCCAUAUGCACAUACAUACCAUGCAUGAUUCUGACCUCUUUCUGAUUCUAAUUCUGCUGGUACAUGUUUGGCUGUAUUUAUGAUGGUAAUGGAUAUCUGUGUUUAAAAGCUGGUUUAACAUGCUUGCUGUAAACAUACAAACAGAUUCUUUUACAGGAGCACUAAAGCUUGUAAUCAAGAGGAAGUUUUGGUGGAACUAUUGUAUGGGGAAGUUUUGAUUAAAAAAAAAUUAUAUUUUGAUAAAAUUUGAUAAAAACUUCCCAGAACACACAAAAGUUUCUCUGACAUGUAAGUGAAUAUGUAUAAAGACCUUGAUAUUUGAAGAGAUGCACGCCCAGAAUACGUCUGUGCACCCCAUUUUGGGAACUGCUUGUCUACAGCAAUGGAGUCGUCAAGACAUAACGAGUAUGUGGUGUAAUUUGUAUUUGUCAUGCAGGUGUCACAUCAACAAUGUAUAAUGCAAUUUUCUGUUAACUGACUGAUUUCAUUGUGUUUUGACUCUUUUAAUUCAGCCAUUUUAUGUUUAUCAAUAAAUCAAUCCUAAAAAGAAGUGAUGUGUUGAAAAUGUGUAUUACAUGAUCGUGGGCAUUUAACAGCGUUCUGUGCAUACUUUCUCUGUUCUUAAAAAUGAUUGGUAUCAUGGUGGAGAAAUGCGUUACAUUAAAAUUUCUCAGUGAGGUUGGUUGGUCAUGAGAUUAUACAAUUGGAUUUAAGAGCAGAGAUUAUUUGCAAUAACAUGCAAAUUGACAAAAUCAGACAUGCACAGGG